AUGGCCGACGAAGACAAGGAGAAGGCCGAGAAGCUCGCCGCGGCCAAGAAACGAUUCGAACAGCUCAAGAAGGAGCAGAAGAAGGGCAAAAAAGGAGGCAAGAAGAAGGCCGACAAAGAUACCGAGGCCAAAGCAGAAGAGCCCGCGGAAGAUGAGCCCGCAGAUGCUUCGAGAGAAGAAGCUGUAGCUGAGACGCUCAAGGAAGAUGGUGGAGAAGACGAAGAAGAAGGAAAGGCGGCUGAAGGAGAUGCUCCCACAGAGGGAGAGGAUGCCGAAUCAAGGACUCCUUCUGUCUCACAGCAGUCCAAGCAGCGCUCAGAGUCCUUCAGGCAGGGUACUGAGGAGCUUUACAAGAAGCAAGCUGCCAGGAUCGAAGAGCUGGAGUCGGAGAACAAGACGCUCAAGGAACUCAAGCAGGAGAAUACAUCUAGAUCGGCUAAGAUGGAGGAAGAGCUCGAGAGCCUUCGCGAAGGUAGCAGUGAGAUUGCCUCGCUACGUUCGAAAGCGAAAGAGGCCGAUCGUCUCACCGCCGAGCUCGAAUCCGUGCAGCGCCAGCUUUCUCAAGCACAGCAAGCCUCGAAGGGCUCCACACGCCGUCAGUCGGGAACCACGCCUGAUCUUCAGGAGAAACUUGCCAGCCAGACGUCCACGAUCGAGUCCCUGGAGCUCGACAUCUCCAAUCUACGCAAUCAGAUUUCGACACUAGAGUCCUCCCUUUCCGAGCGCGACACGACUGCCAAAGACCUCGAAGAGCGCGCCAGAACAGCCGAAGCCGCUCAAGAAUCCGCAAAGCAAGAACUCGAGGCCAUCAAGGUCUCCAUCGCCUUCCCGAGCGACGAGACGAAAGCCGCAUCCGCAGAUCCAGAAGCUCUGACAAAGCGCAUCACGGUGCUAGAAUCCGACCUCCGCACCGCAAACACCAACCUCGAAGCCGCCGCGAAGCGCGCAGAGAGCCUCGAGAGCAAGAUCGAAGCCCUGACCAAACUGCACAAGGAGACCACUUCCACAAAGGAGAAAGAGCUUUCGGAUCUCCGAGGUCAAUUGAAGCGACACCAUCGUCCUACUUCUCACGUAAAAGAUGUUACGGAUUUCGAAUUGGGAGAAGAGGAAACAGAAACAGGACAAUUGCACGCCAAGAUCCGCGCGUUGGAGGCGGAAAACUUCGAUCUGAGGCGUGGCGUCUGGCGCGACAGGAGAGCAGAACUGCAGCCGGGCAUGGAUCAGGAUUCUACGCUCGAGGAUGUUGACCUGAGCAAUACUGGCCCUUAUAGCCCAGGUGCCAGCAGAGGAGGCUCACUCCCGCGACAGACGAGUACGUUCCAGGACGUCAUCACUUCGGGAAUCAAUGCCUUCACCGGCCGACCGAGCCAUUCGCACCGCGAAAGGGCGGAAUCGCUCGGAUUGCUGGAUGACGAUGAGGGAUUGGGCUUUGAUCCGGAAGCAUUCCAGCUUGCGCAAGAAGAAGAGGCGAAACGGAGGAUCGAGAGGAUCAGGGAGGUCAAGCGCGGCUUGGACGAUUGGAAAGGCUGGAAGGUGGAUAUUGCGGAUUUGAGGAGGAAUGGAGUGCCUGGGAAGGAAGUUGGGCCUGUGUUUGAGCUGUAA